AAACAAGAGGAGCAGGAAGUGCGUCACUCGCGCAUGCGCACACUGGAGUAGCAGUAGCAUCGUCAGCGUGAUCAGGACGUUUGGGAUCUGCAGUGUGAGGGUCAGGAUCUAUCAUCAUGGAUUUCCAGCACAGAGCUGGAGGGAAAACGGGCAGCGGUGGCGUCGCCUCUUCGUCCGAGAGCAACCGAGACCGGCGUGAGCGACUGCGACAGCUCGCCUUAGAGACUAUAGACAUCAAUAAAGAUCCAUACUUCAUGAAAAACCAUUUGGGCUCAUAUGAGUGUAAACUGUGUCUCACACUUCACAAUAACGAGGGAAGUUAUCUAGCGCACACACAGGGCAAAAAGCACCAGACUAACCUAGCGAGACGAGCCGCAAAAGAGGCGAAGGAUGCUCCAGCACAACCGGCUCCAGAGAAAGUGAAGGUUGAAGUGAAGAAAUUUGUCAAGAUUGGCCGACCGGGUUAUAAAGUAACAAAACAAAGGGAUCCAGAGACUGGACAGCAAAGUCUGCUAUUCCAGAUUGACUAUCCAGAGAUAGCGGAAGGCAUCGGGCCGCGGCAUCGCUUCAUGUCGGCAUACGAGCAGAGAAUUGAACCUCCCGAUCGCCGCUGGCAGUACUUGCUGUUUGCAGCUGAGCCGUAUGAAACCAUCUCAUUCAAGGUCCCCAGUCGAGAAAUUGAUAAAGGAGAGACUAGAUUUUGGAGUCAUUGGAACAGAGAAACAAAACAGUUCUUUCUGCAGUUUCACUUUAAGAUGGAGAAAUCUCUGCCCGCUCCAACUGGUCAAGCAGCAUCAGUGGGUGUCAAACGCCCACCGUCACUCAUCACUGGACUCGGGCCACGCCCACCCAGCAACUCCAUGCCACCCCCACCACCCGGAGGCAUGCCAGGAAUGCCACCUUUGCCUCCCGGUGCCCCUGUCCUGCCUCAGAUGCCCCCACAAAUGCCCCCUCCAGGUGCCCUCCCCCCACACAUGAGACCCCCCCUCCCCAGUAACUGAAUAACUGAACAUCCAUGAGCGUCUCUGUAAAUGGUUUUGUACAGUGCCCGUGGACAUAUGUUUGUAAACCAGCAUUUCCUUCAUGUAUUAAAGGCUCAAUAUGUUGUGAUUUUGAACAUCCUAUAAAUGAAUAUGACCGUUUAAAGAAUUGAUUCGUCUUUGUAGGGUAUGCAUAUGUGUCUGGCACCACAGAGAGGUUUUCUACGUCUCAAGGCAAAACAGCCCAACCAAUGUUCAACUGAUCUUAUGUUUUUUAUUAUUAAAAGAAAGAAAAACGUC